UACACUCCCAGCGAAUAGGGUUUGUAAUGGCAGCUUCACGGGACCCCUAAACCACUCUCACAAAUAAGGGAGAAAUGCGUCGAUUAAAAUGGACUAAAUCGUUAAAGGGAAUAUUAACACUUCAGCUGUGAAUCGAUUUACAGACAGAAGAGGAACCGGAGGGAUAUAUUUCUUCACAGCGCCAGUCUGUGUGUGUAAAGCGUAUUUGUUGACCGCACUGGGAACUUCUCAAUGAUGCCUGAGGUACGGGACCUUUCUGAUGCCCUACCAGAGAUGCCAAUGGACCCAAUCACUGGCGUAGGAGUUGUGGCCUCAAGAAACAGAGCUCCCACCGGCUAUGAUGUGGUCGCACAAACUACAGAUGGUAUUGAUGCAGACUUGUGGAAAGAUGGCCUGUUUAAAUCCAAGGUGACCCGCUAUCUGUGCUUCACCAGAGUUUUCUCCAAGGAGAACAGUCAUUUAGGAAACGUGCUUGUAGACAUGAAGCUCAUUGAUAUCAAGGACACGCUGCCUGUGGGAUUCAUUCCCAUACAGGAAACAGUGGACACUCAAGAGCCGGCGUUCAGGAAGAGGAGGUUAUGUAUUAAGUUCAUCCCGCGAGACUCCACCGAAGCUGCCAUCUGUGAUAUCCGUAUUUUAGGACGCUCCAAACAGGCGCCACCGCAGUAUACAUUCAUAGGAGAGCUGAAUAACAUGGGCAUCUGGUACCGAAUGGGAAAAGUGCCACGGACCCAAGACUCUUCACCCGUACAGAACAACUCCAUCACCACCACCACCAACAACAUCCAGACUGUCACCAACAACUCCAGCUCCACUCCAGCACCAGUCCUGCCCAAGCACAUAUCCAUGACCCUGCCGGCCUGUUUCAGGAAAAGCACCACCAGACCAGACUUUGAACACCAGAACUCCAACCUCUACGCCAUCUCUGCCAUGGACGGAGUGCCUUUCAUGAUCUCGGAGAAGUUCGCAUGUGCCUCCAGUGACUUACAGCAGGUGGAUCUAAUGAGCAUCAGAAUCAAAUCACUUGCCGAGAUUGAAAAAGAGUAUGAAUAUAGCUUCCGGACGGAGCACAGUGCUGCCGCCCGCCUGCCGCCCAGUCCCACCAGAACUUCACUGGGAUCAGAAGCCUAAACGCUCAUGAGGUGGAGGAAACCGAGAGAGAGAGAGAGAGAGAGAGAGAGUCUGACUUCUCAUGACAUGACCUGAGCAGAGACAAAGGGGACUGCUGCUUUACUUCUCAUUCUUUGAAUUUAAAACAGAGAUCCACAAAUCAGAAAAUAUGGAAAAUUAUUCACUUUUUUUGUCCAAAAAUAACAGAAAUAUCGUUUCUUGCGGUCAAGUUUAGUUCUUCAGUUAAUGCUGCUUUUUCACAAAGAUCAUUUGAGGCUGAGCAGAUCUUCAUUGUUACAGCGAUCAAAUCAAAACCACUACAGUGUCGUAAAGGGAUGUCCGGGGUUAAAUGGAGUGGCCUGUGGAAACUCGUGUUCUUUAAUUGUGUUGAGUUCUGACUUAUUCUGGUAUGCUGUUACUAUGGUGACUUCACGAAGGGUCGAACUUUGAUGCACCCUCAAUAAUUCACACCUGAGCCCUUUGUGGAGUCCCAUUGCUUUGCUUGAGGUUUUGUUUAGAUCACUGCGACUGCAUUACUUUUUUGUUUCUGGGAUUUGAGUCGUCCGGUUAUGAAGCCCAGUUCACUGUCCUGUUACAGAACUUCAGCAACAUUUCAAUAUCAUUGUGUGUUUGUCUGGAAAACUAAGAGAGAUUAGAACAAAAACACUCCCAACUGCGAACAAAACCUUGUAUAUAGACUGGCGAUGAAUCAGGAAUGUGUUGUUUUAGAGUUGUGUGUUACUUGUUUUCCCUUUUUUGUCUUUGUUACAUCCUUUCUGAACUGAGAAAUGACUCCGAUCACAUGUGACAUUUGACUCAUUUUCUUCCUGCUGUCAUGUUUGAUGGUGCUCCAGCUCUUUGGAUAUCGAUUUUGCCGGUCCAUUUGUGGCUUCUACAGUUCAUGGUGAUAUUUUAAAAAAACAAUAAUUGUCCCUACAUUUCCUGGUCCGUAUUUCACCUCAAAAUCAAAAGGAAAUAAGAGAAAUUAUAUUUUGUUUAAAAAGCAGCAGCAGCCUAUUUUAAGGUCCAUUAAGAUUGGUUUGCAUCGUAACAUUAUUUAAAUGACGAGUAAAUAAAUAUUGUCUAAGUUGAGCUCAAUCGACAGUAUUUGUGGCAUAAUAUUGAUUACCACAAAAGUCAAUUUCGACUCGUCCCUCAUUCUAAAACAAAUCUGGGUUACAGUGAGUCACUUAGAUGGAAGUGAAUGUGGCGUUAAAAUUCUCACUUUUUCAAAAGUACAGCCAAAAGACGUUAACAAUAUGUGUGUUAGCGUGAUUUUAGUGGGAUAAAAUAGUUUACAAACCUUUUCCGUUUAAAGUUACAGCCAAUUUUACAACUUGAUGUGAUGAUGUAAUGUCAACAUUAACUUUACAGCUCAAGUAAUACGCAAGUAUUAACAAAAUAAUUAUUUUAAGUGCUUUUAUACAAUUACAAGCUUCACAUUUCUGCAUUUAAACCCUCGAAAAAUUGCCCCCCAUUCACUUCCAUUGUAAGAGCCUCACUGGAUCCUCCAUAUUUGCUUUUUUUAAAGAUAAGAUUUAAAGUCAAAAUAAUUUUUGUAGUAUUCAAUAUUAUGCCGCAAAUGCUGAUUGAGUUGAACGUGGCUCGAACCCUAAAAAUUCCUUUUGAGCACAUUUCCUCGAGAAAAAAUUCUCGUCAUUACCGUAAUGCAGAAAUAAAAAAAAGUUACUAUUUGCCGCAAUGCAGAAAAUCAUAUUCUGAACACAAUUUUUAUUUUAUUAAAAUGAGCAAAGACAAAUACUUCCAUGAUAAAUUAAAAACAUUUGAAUCUAUCAAAUUCACAUUUAUUUUAGCAUUAAAAUAAUGAGGAUUAUGGGGGAAAUGUGCUUAAUUGUUAUGAAAAUAAUGUCAGAAUGCUAAAAUAUUAGUUUCUCAUUUAUUUCUUCGGAUUUUUGGUGAACUACAACACGGACAUUUCUUGCCAGUUUUUGUGAGAUUCCGUCGAAUGUCCUGUAAAUAUUUUUAAGGUAACUUUACUGUUAAUUCUUGUGAUUUGGUAAACCAUGCGCAGCCCACACAGUGAAGUUUGGAGUCGGCGUUGCUCGUUAUUUACGCUUUGUAACCGUGUCAUUGCUCUUUAUAUAGUGAUGAUUAUUAUGGUGGAAGUACGGUGUUAUUUUUCGAAGCGUUUCUUUACAAUGUCCCACGGAAAUGACCGUCUCAGGUGAAAGUGUUCGGCUUGGAAACACCAAGUGACUAAAGAGUCGAGUCCUUUGAGAUGGUUAGACACCUUCACUGUGAGACUUUAAUCAAACCCUCAAAUGGAUUCAAACUUUCUUAAGUUGCUAUUAGUCAUGAUUUUCAAACAGCUACAUAAUAUUAUUAUGCAAAACAAAACCUCAAAUUGAAGUCUUUAUAUGGUUUUCCAGUCUGGCUUUGGACCUUCAGACAUUCGAAAUCCAAUUUCUCAGACAUUAGUCAAAACUGUUCUUGGAUUACAAUUCACAAGCAGUUAUUUCUCCGAUUGGAUAUCAAGUAGGUUCAAAUGAAAGGUUUAAUGCAUUUGGGGGAAACCACUAAUUCAACCGUUUGUAUCUGUUGAAUUUGAUGUCCAAAUGAUGUGAUCCACUUUGCUGUCAAACUUGCGAAAGCGAACAAGUAACUUUCUAGAUCACAGUCGGUUUUUGUUUGUACAGUUAUCUUUCUUUGUUCAUAGACAUUUAUAAUCAUGGCCAUUUUAGUUGGUUACUAUUUUAUUUUUAUUUUUUUAACUCCAUAUUUCAGAUGCCCAAUAAGAAUGCAUGCUAUCUGUUUUUGUGUUUUUUUCUAAUAUUAAAGUGAGGUUUUAAUUUGUUAUUUCAUAGUACUAUUUCUUUUUAUUAUUUAAUGAUUUUAUAUGAAGACUAAUUUAAAUGUUUAGUAAUGUUUAGUAAUUUAGCUAGUUCGUUGCCCCCAGAUAUUUUUAAUGUUAUGAUUGAUGUGCUUUUAUGGUCACACAAACAAACACAAUUAAAGAUGUUUAGUUACUGCACUGCGUACGUGAAUAAACUCCUUCACAGUUUUAUAAACGGUUCAAUGUGUUUCAUCCAGUUCAAAAGUCAUUGUUUCGCCGCUGCUGUGUGUCGUUGUGACUUUGCCGUUUUUCAUCUGAAUUUCUUUCUCAUAUAAAUGUCAUGCCACUGUUGAGAUUUAUGCUCUAUUAUUCUAUACUGUCACUUUAAACUCUAUUCAUUUUCACUCCGCAGAGAAACAAGGGGAGUUUGAUGUACAUGUACUGGCAGAGGUUAAUAUCUGCUGCAAUUGAUGAAAGGUCCUCCAAUACAGUUUGACUUUGCUGUGGCAAAUAGGGUUGAGUGGAAUAAAAAGUGGCAGUUUUUGCUUAAUGUAGGGGAUGGCAACCUAUGGCACACGUGCCAGCAUUGGAGAGGAGUACAGCCUUGGCCAAAAGUAUUGGCAGUGACAUAAUUUUGAGUUUUGCAACGUUUUCUGCUUCAAUUGCUGUGGUGUUGAUUCACAUUGUUUCUAGAUUAUUGUGCUGAGUGAUCAGAUGCAUUUUAAAUCAUUGCAAAAAGCUUAAUUGGCCCAAAAAAUUACUUGAUCACAAAAACCCAAAUUUCACUGUUUUUUGGCCCUGGCACAAAAUGACCAGCUAACAUAAUUUCACUAAUCAUAUCUGCAGAACCUGGGAAAGUGUGAACGAGUGCUAGUCGGGUGAAAUCACUCCAUCAUUCUGAUUGGAUUAUAAGAGCAGACUGAUUGCUAUAAAAGGAGUGAAGAAGUGCUUCCAAUCAUUGUGUUCUUGUUAGCAAUGGUUACCUCUAAAAAAGACGUGCAGCCAUCAUCGCUUUGCAUCAAACUGGCAUCACAUGCAAGGAAAUUGCUGCAAAGAAUAUUUCACCUGAAUGAACCAUUUACCAGAUCAUCAAGAACUUCAAGGAGAGCAGUGAAGAAGGCUUCAGGACAUCCCACAUUCUCCAGCAAGUGUCAGGACCGUCUCCUCCUUAGUAGUCAGCUAUGGAAUCAUGUCACCACCAAUGCAGAGCUCAAUAUUGGCCGCAGGUUGGUGUGAGCACAUCUGCACGCACAGUGAGGCGAAGACUUUUGGACAAUGGCCUGGUGUCAAGAAGGGCAGCAAAGAAUCCACUUCUCUCCAAGAAAAUCAUCAAGGACAAACUGAAAUUCUGCAGGAAGUACAAGGAUUGGACAGCAGAAGAUUGGUGCAAAGUUAUUUUCUCUGAUGAAGCCCCCUUCCGACUGUUUGGGACAUCUGGAAAAUCGGUAGUCCAGAGACGAAAAGGUGAACACUACCAUGAGUCCUGUGUCGUGCCAACAGUGAAGCAUCCAGAGACCAUCCAUGUGUGGGGCUGCUUUUCAUCACAGGGAGUGGGCUCGCUCACAAUCCUGCACAAAAACACUGCCAUGAAUAAAGAAUGGUAUCAAAACGUCCUGCAAGAGCAACUUCUCCCAACGAUCCAGGAGCAAUUGGGUGAUGAUCCGUGCAUUUUCCAGCAUGAUGGAGCACCAUGUCACAAAGCAAGAGUAAUAAUGAAGUGGCUCUGAGAUCAUUACAUUGAAAUUUUGGAUCCGUGGCCAGGCAACUCCCCGGAUAUUAAUCCCAUAGAGAACCUGUGGUCAAUCCUCAAAAGGUGAGUAGACAAGCAGAACCGCACAAAUUGUGAUCAACUCCGAGCACUAAUAAGUCAAGAAUGGAUCGCCAUCAGUCAGUAUUUGGCACAGAAGCUGAUAAUCCAGCAAGCAAGAGCGAAUUGUUGAGGUCACAAAGAACAAGGGUCAACACUGUAAAUAUUGACUCUUUGCAUAUAUUGAAUGUUUUUGCCAAUAAAAGCCUUUAAAACUUAUGAAAUGUUUAUCAUUGUUUUCCAGUAUACCAUAGAAACAUGUGAAAAAAGAAUCUACAAAUACUGAAGCAGCAAACUUUGCAAAACACAAAAUUGAUGUCACUGCCAACACUUUUGACUUUUAACCAGUCACUCUCAAAAUUACAUUAAAAGGUUAACAGUGGUGGAGCUAGGGGAGGCCGUGGGCACCAUGGACCGAAGCCAGGCCACCCCACUCGCAAUUGCUGUUUUAGUCAUUUUUUGGCACAAUUUAGUUCUUUAGUGGUGAAAACAUCUCUGUACAGAUGUACAAAAUUAACAUGUGCGCACACCAAUGUUGACGCACCUCUCCGUCCCGGGUGUCAUUGUAUCCACUCAACCCCAAUUUUGGAAAAUCACAUACAUGCACAUAUAUAUAAAUGAAGAGACCACUCCAAAUGCUUCUUAAAUCAGUAUCUCACAGGGGUGGACUGUCCAUAGGGAGAACCAGAACUUUUCCCGGUGGGCCGGCCACUUAACGGGUCGAAUGGGCCGCGAUAAGAUGAAGGGGUCAUGACAGGCUGAAGAGGUCCUCCAAACGGGAUUGGACAUCAGCACAUUAACUAGGAAAAUAAAGAAUGGCACUCCAUGUCAAACAGGUUGCCGACUCCUGGUUGAAUGGAUCAUCUAGGCAAGAUCUAAAACGGCAAAUUCUAUUUUGGAAUGUCUCUUAUCACCUACAAUUAAAGGGAAGCAUUUAUAAAGCAGGGCCAUAGAAAUGUGAUUUUUUUUUUUUUCCCGAAUGUGUACAGUGACAAGAAAAAGUAUGUGAACCCUUUGUAAAGACCUGAAUUUAUGUAUACAUUUGUAUUACCGUUUGGUUUGAUCUUCACCUAAGUUACAAUAAUGAACAAACACAAUCUGUUUCAACUAAUAACUAAUUAUUGUACUGUUCUUGUAUAUAUUAAAUACAUCAU